UUACUGAAUUUUGGAGAGAGAGAGAGCAAAAGAUGGGAGAGAGAAAGAGAGUGGUCUUAACACAAGAAAAAAAAAGACCAGGGUUGAGGAUGAGACGUUGAUUCUUAGUCUUACAUGAAUCUAUUCCAAUUAGGGUUUAAUCUCUCUCUCACUUCAUCUCAUUUCAGAAACACACCACCAAAAUAGCAAUUGCUUCAAUUCCAGCAGCUUCAACUUCAUCAUACUCAAUUCCACAUCGUUGGUGACCCUUCCUGAUAGAGAGAUUGUUUGGAAUUUAGGGUUUAUGGAAGCAUUUUUGUUUUAGAUAAGUUGGGGGUUUUUUGCUGGAGAAUUCAAGAUUUUGAUUUACCUGUUGUCUCAGUGAUUGUGAGAAGAUUGGGGAAAAUGACGGUACCUAAACGAAACUAUACUCGAAUAAACACUUUGGAGCUGAAAGCUCUGAUUCUUAGAAAGGUUGGUCAUCAGAGAGCUGACAAGUACUUUGAUCAGCUUGGAAAAUUGGUUAGUUCGAAGAUUACUAAGUCUGACUUUGACAAAAUUUGCAUCAUGACAAUUGGGAAGGAAAAUAUUCCUCUUCACAAUCAACUCAUUAGGGCAAUUCUCAAGAAUGUUUGUCUGUCAAAAGUCCCACCAAAUAGAGACUCCACGAAAAUCGGGAGUGUCUUGAGUGCAAAAGAUACAAAUGGACAGCAGAGCAGCUCUAUGCAAAUGCAGUAUGGGGAAGCGUUUCCUCCUUCCUUGCGGAGGGGUGGUUUUUUUGCUACCCGUGAUAGGAGGUUAAAGGGUCGCGGAAAUGCUUUGGGACAAUUAGGGAAGCCCCAAAUUCUUGCAUCUAAGGAUUUGGCCUAUAAAACUCCAGAGCAGCAGAGUGCAACAGAACUGAAUUCCCUUGGUAGCAGACCUCCUAUUUCUGUUGAAGACGGGGAAGAGGUUGAACAGAUUGCUGGAAGCCCAAGCAUUCAAAGUAGGAGCCCAGUUACAGCUCCCCUUGGGAUAUCGAUGAAUUUCGGUUCUGGGUGUAGGCCUCUUUCUAAUGCAUCAUUAUGCAGAAAGUAUUAUCCAGAGACCUGUCACGGCAAUGGAUAUCUCCCUGACACAUCAUUUCUGAGGAGUUGUUUGGAGCAAAAGUUGGAGAAGGAGGGUUUGACUGUGACAGUGGAUUGUGUAAAUCUAUUGAAUAAUGCACUGGAUUCUUAUCUGAAGAGGUUGAUGGAAUCAUCUAUGGGUUUAUCUGGGUCAAGAUUCGGAAAUGAGCACCAAAGACAACAAAAUGGACAGUUUGUAGCUGAUUCAAAUGUACUGUUACCCAGAAGAAAUAUGCAAUCAGCAAUACAAUCUUCUGGUGCAUCUCUCUUGGAUUUUCGUGUUGCAAUGGAAUUAAAUCCACAAGCUCUUGGACCAGAUUGGCCCACACAACUUGAGAAGAUUUGUAUACGUGCCUCAGAAGAGUGAAGACUUUGUUGUCAAUAGAUCAGAAGUUUAGCAGCAGAUGAAAUCAAAAGGUGCAGUUGUGGAAUGCUUUGAAUAUUGAAUUGUGUUUACUUCAACAGACAUGGAAUUUUUGUCUAUUCCUAAAGCCACAAAAUUAGCCAAUACAGAAUAAGCUAAUAGCAUUUUAGAUAUAGAUUGAUAAUUGUUAGGGAGUGGGUCAUGUCUAUACAAGAUAUUGGAACCUCUGGAUACAAGUUCUUUGAACUAUGAGUGUAAUACCAUUCUUCAAUAAUAUUCAGUUCUUUUUGUUAAA